UUUCUCUUGAUUUGGUUUUCAGUUUGUUUCUUGAAAACCUUAUCCCUCUAUUUCUCUCCUUCCUUUCCUUAAACCCUAUCUUAAACCCUAGCACCAAAAAAUGGCUUUAUUCCUUCCAAGUCCUUUCAGAUACAGCAAAAUGAACAGUCUUUUUCUACUAAGAAAAUCUUCAUCUUCACUAACCUCAAAAAGGGUCACCAUAAAUGCAAUUUCCCAUAUCUUUAGUGAUAAAUUUAGUCCAAGAAAUGCCCUUCAAGGUUCCCAAGUUCACAGUUUUAGUACUUCUUUAACAAUAUCAGUACCACAGAAAAAUUGGGUUGAUGGUAAAUUUGGGUAUAAUGUAAGGGGUUUUGCUGCAACUGCAACUGCAAUGGUGGAAAUUGAAGAGGAGUGUGAUGAAGGACUUGAGAUUUCAAAGCUUGGUAUCUCUGAAGAAAUUGUUUCUGCUUUGAAACAAAGGGGAAUUACUAGUCUUUUUCCAAUUCAGAAAGCUGUUUUAGAACCGGCAAUGCAAGGGUCUGACAUGAUUGGCCGAGCUAGAACUGGCACUGGAAAGACAUUAGCUUUUGGCAUUCCUAUCAUGGAUAAGAUCAUUCACUUCAACAGAAAAAAUGGACGGGGAAGAAACCCUUUAGCGUUGAUCUUGGCUCCCACUAGAGAACUUGCAAAGCAGGUGGAUAAAGAAUUUUAUGAGUCUGCUCCUGUUUUGGAUACGCUAUGUGUUUAUGGUGGGGUCCCCAUUCAACGCCAAAUGAGUACUCUUCAAAGGGGAGCAGACGUUGUUGUCGGGACACCUGGUCGAAUCAUUGAUUUGCUGAAGAGAGGGUCUUUGAAUUUGUCAGAUAUCCAGUUCGUUGUUCUAGAUGAAGCUGAUCAGAUGCUUAAUGUGGGCUUCGCAGAGGAUGUUGAAACAAUUUUAGAAAAUGUUAGGCAGAAACAUCAGACAAUGAUGUUUUCAGCCACAAUGCCAAGUUGGAUAUUGAAACUUACCAAGAAGUUCUUGAAGAAGCCAGUUCAUGUUGAUCUUGUGGGGGACUCUGACCAGAAGUUAGCCGAUGGCAUUUCCUUGUAUUCAAUUGCUUGUGACAUGCGUCAGAAACCAGCAGUUCUUGGACCCUUAAUAUCGGAGCAUGCAAAAGGAGGCAAGUGUAUUGUUUUUACUCAAACAAAGCGUGAUGCUGAUAGAUUGGCUAGUGCAAUGCAAAAAACUUUGAGAUGUGAAGCUCUGCAUGGAGAUAUCACACAAAGCCAGAGGGAGAGAACUCUGUCUGGUUUCCGACAAGGUCAAUUCAAUGUAUUGGUGGCCACCGAUGUUGCUGCUCGAGGACUUGAUGUGCCUAAUGUUGAUCUGGUGAUACAUUAUGAACUUCCGAACAAUUCAGAGAUCUUUGUUCAUCGAUCUGGUCGAACUGGACGUGCUGGGAAGAAAGGAAGUGCCAUUCUCAUGCAUUCCUCAAAGCAGCAUAGGGAUUUAAAAGGUAUCGAACAUGAUGCCGGCUGCAGAUUUACUGAGCUUCCAACAAUUAAAGUAGAGGCUGGAGCAGCAGCAGACAUGUAUAGUGAGAUGGCCAAAAGUGGCGACCGCCUUGGCUCCUAUGGAGCAGGCACCAUGCGUAGUCGAUCUAGUGAUUUUGGUGGAGGUCGUUCCAGUGGCUAUGGAAAUAAGAGCAGCAGGUUUGGUGGAGAAGGCACUUCAUCUUCUGGUCGAACAGGUGGAUACGGUGGAACUGGUUCAGGAAGAUCAAGGGGUGGAUAUGGUGGAACUGGUUCAGGAGGAUCAAGGGGUGGAUAUGGUGGAUCUAGCUCGGGCCGCUCAGGAAAGUUUGGUGGUUCAGCAGGCUCAAAACGUUUGGGUGGUUUUCGUAAUUUUGGUGAUUUCAGAAACUCCAAAAGUUCAAAUCGGUCAAAUAAUUUUGCAGAAGAAUUUGGUUCAGGCCGGUCUAGAAGAUUUGGUGAUUCAGAUUAUGACCAAAAUAACCGUUCAAGCCGUUUUGAUGGCUACGGAGAUGGCAAGGAUAGUGGUGAAUGGUGAUCAGAGUCGGGGGAGGAACCAUUUCUAACUCCGUUGCAAGGAGGGUGUGGGCCACUCAAUGGAUGGUGCAGAUGAACUCUGAUAUGUGAAGUAUAUGCGUUGAUUACCAGGUGCUGUAGCCGGAGUAGCAGCAGUUGCAGGUGAUGAUGCUACAAGUCAUUACAGUUUAAAAUAACACUUCAACUUCACUUGGUCUCGGAAGGCACCUACAUGCUAUAUGCAAUCUAUAGUUACCAAGUUCUUACCAUUGCUGGCAUUAUAUUUCUUCGCUUUAUGUUUAUAAGUAAUUUUUUUGAGCUCAAGCUUGAAAUGAAUACUUGUUUGUGAGAGCUCAUAUUGGUACUUGCUAGUUACCUAGUGAUUGUAAUGUUCCGAUUUCAGUAUAAAUUUUGUACAAGCCUAGACGUCGUCGCAUUUAUUCAUUUUAUGUGGAUGUACUGAAUUAUUUUAUCAACAGGAGAAAAAGGGCUUACAGUGGAAA